CACACACACACACACACUUCCUCGCUCUCUUUACACACACAGGGGACUCACUUGAUCUGAAUUAACAGAGGAGCGCUGCCAGCAUCGAGGAGUCUGAGUAAGAAAGUAAAAACAGGAUGGAUGCUUCACAGCUGCUUUUCCUGCUGCUGCUGUUGUACGGAUAUCUGCCAAAAGUGUUAUCGGUGCAGAUGUGUGACGUGGUGAACGAGAUCGAGCUGGAGAGGGAGCGCUGCGAGAACAGCACCUCUGGGAACAUCACUUCAGGUUGCCAAGGAACGUGGGACAUCAUUGCCUGCUGGCCGACAGCCAGGGUGGGAGAGGUGGUCACAAUAACCUGCCCCACGUACUUCAGCUACUUCAGUGACCAGCACAAAGGUAACCUCUCCAAAACCUGCACGGCAAACGGCUGGACCGAGAUGAGGCCCAUUGAUAUCGCCGUAAACUGUGGAUACAAUCUGAACAGCACCAGCGAUGAUGGCAAGUUUUUCUGGCAAGUGAAGAUUGGCUACACCAUCGGCCAUAGUGUUUCCCUCAUCUCUCUCACCACAGCUAUUGUGAUCCUCUGCAUCUUUAGGAAGCUCCAUUGCACAAGGAACUACAUCCACAUGCAUCUGUUUGUGUCAUUUAUCCUGAAAGCCAUCGCCGUGUUCAUCAAAGAUGUGGUGCUCUACGAUGUCGGGGAAGUGGACAACUGCUCGUCAGGCUCUGUUGGCUGCAAAGCUGUGAUUGUGUUCUUCCAGUACUGUAUAAUGGCCAGCUUCUUCUGGCUGCUGGUGGAAGGCCUUUAUCUUCACGCAUUGUUGGCGGUCUCUUUCUUCUCCGAGAGGAAGUACUUCUGGGCUUACAUUCUAAUCGGCUGGGGAGGUCCGACAAUUUUCAUCACAGCUUGGAGCAUCGCAAAAGCCUACUACAAAGAUGUGGGGUGCUGGGAUAUAAUCGAGAACACUGAUGUCUACUGGUGGAUCAUUAAAACACCUAUAUUGGCAUCAAUCCUGAUGAACUUCAUUCUGUUCAUCUGCAUCAUUCGAAUACUUCGCCAGAAAAUCAACUGCCCAGAUAUUGGAAGAAAUGAGUCCAACCAGUACUCGAGACUGGCAAAAUCGACGCUGCUUUUGAUUCCGCUGUUUGGGAUCAAUUUUAUUGUGUUUGCAUUCAUCCCAGAGCAAGUGAAGACUGAGCUGCGGCUCAUUUUUGAUUUGAUUCUCGGGUCAUUUCAGGGCUUUGUGGUUGCUGUCCUCUACUGCUUUCUGAACGGAGAGGUUCAAGCAGAGAUCAAGAGGAAGUGGCGGCGGUGGCACCUGCAGAGAUAUAUGAGCUCUGACACCAAAUACCAACACCCGUCUAUUGGCAGCAGCAACAACUUCAGCACCCAGAUCACCAUGCUGACACGAUGCAGCCCCAAAGCGCGCCGCGGGUCGUCCUCCUGUCACGACGACCUGUCGAGCAUGUGACUCACGCCAACAGCGAAACAGAAAUACAUCAUAUUCUCAUGCCUUUCAGAACACCCACUGUUUAUGUGAGCUCCUGAAUAAAAGGAGUUACACACUUCCUCGUUAACACAUGCACUGGAGAUGCAUUCAUGGAUGUGAGUGGAACAGGGACAAAGGACAGUGAUAAAAAAAAAGGAAAGGUAGUUUGUAGUCAUCAGCCUUUGAGCAGCUUUCAAUCUCCACACUUAUUUUAAAAAAGCUUUACGAGCACAGCUUUCACACGUCUGAAUGAGGAUCGCUGAACUUUUCUCUUCAUGAGUCAGUGCACAUGUGCAGGUAAAUUGUGAGUCAUGUCAUUAUGGAUCAUUUGGUUAAUUGUUAUUAAGUCCCCCAUGUGCCCUGACACUGGGCAAAGCCAAGUGUUUCAUGAUAAUGGGGUUAUGUGAAGGAUCCAAAUGUGAAAUGCACCAGCAAACACACAAUCUGAUGCAAUUAUAUGAUGAUUAAAAAUCACUUUGUGGAUUGCUCCGGCUCCAAAUGAACAGGGCUGGUUCAAAGACACAACUGUUAGAAACAAAGGGAGCUGAUGCAGUUUUUUUACAGUGAAUGCAGCAAUAUUGCAGACGAAGAAAAGUACCAGAGAUGCAUUGUGGUUUUGUGUUCGAGCACUGAAUCUGAGUGGCGAGGGAAAAAAUCUUUUGAAGCAUAUUUUUAGUCGACCAAAAAGAACAAAACAGCAUGCAACAUUUUGUUUUCCUCACCGUGUAGGCAGACAGAAAAAGACAGCCUGGCUGAAAACCAGGAAACUUUAUUUCCACGCACGCUAAAUGGACGAGGCUUCACGCCGCGUGACUGCUGUGAUGCUGAUCCACAAUGAUGGUUUGGGAGUACAGAUGCCCUUCUCUGCACUAUCACUCUCUUGAGAGACUGAUUGCCCCUUGCCCUCCCUAUUAUCAGUCCAUCCCUCUUGUUCUGUGUGAUUCUGGGCCCGUGAUAGGCUUCAAGUGUUUGACUAUUCGAGGCGCUCCAGCAGUUUCGUGCUGAUCACUGACGAGUGCCUGUUUGGGUGUUUUCAAGAGACGCUUCCACUCCAAUCUCCACCGGCUGCCGGGCUCCGCUGCAGCUCUGCAGAGGAAAUGCUUUUAAGCAGUGGAGUCCUUGAAUGUUUACAUUUACAUGGGAGGAGUCUUAACAAUGUACAGUCAGUAUACAGUGUAAAGUGUAAUGAAUUACUGUGGAUCAUUGUGCCGUACUGAUUGUACUGCGGCUACAACACCGGUUGUAAGUCAACGUAACUGUUCAUGUAAUUGCAAUGUGAGAUUUAACGCCUUUCAUGGGAACAUACAAUCAUCUUAUAUACAAGCUUGUUUAUGUAGUGGUCUGUGUUUUAUUGUCAGGCAUAAAAAUGAAAGCCCAGCGUCACAUCUUAUAGCACUGCACAGAUUCAUAAUACAGAGGACUCACACAAGCAGGUGGAUGUGAACCUUUCCUGGUGAUGCUUUGGAAGGAAUCAACUUCAGCUCCUUCAUCCUUUGCUGAUGAAAAGUGCGUCCUGAUGUGUCAGACUGAAACUUCUCAGCUAGAGGAGGCUGAGCCCGACAGGUCAGCGGACACUGUUGGGGGGUCUUCAUGUAAAUGCAAAGCAAGCUGACAAGGAUGACUGGCCCGGUCACUUGUGCAUUCAUGCAAGAGGGAACAUUGAGAAGGUCCAGUUUUACUUAAAACCCAUCUUCUCAACCUACUUCUCUUCAGACAGAACGCAAACCAAAGCUACCAAGCUCCUCAUGUUAUUUCCCUCCAUGUUUGCGCUCUGUUUUUAAAGCUGUUAAAAAGAAAUCCUGGGGUUUGUGCAAAUUUUUCUCUCGCCUUGAAACAUUUCUGAAAUAAUCUUGAAAUGCUCUUACCAUUGACUUUGCAUGCAAACGGGCCGCCUCUGGAAUUCACUUCACGCUCAGACUGAACUAACAUUGAAUACUUGAGAACUUUGUAUUUACUAUUAUCCUCAAAAACAAUUCUUUAAAGUUUAUUCAGAGACAUUAUGCAGCAUUGUUUGGGGCGUGUCUUCUGUUGUCCAGCUCAGUGUGACUGUGUGGAUAGGCUAUAGCUUCUAGUGCUUUGUUGAGCUGACAUGGUCAUUGUGUGUCAUUAAAAAGGGAUAUUUAACCAACAAGCAUUCUCAUGUGCACUGACAGUAACUCUUGACGUAUCUAUAAUGUAUUUUUGUGUACUUGCAAACUGGAUAUUGUGUUGUGCAUAUUUAAGAGCUGAGGUUUUGCUGUUCAAUGUGUGUUACACUGGUGCAAUGCGUUGUGAAGCUGCAAAUUUACUGUAAGUAUUGGGAAGCUUCAGUUGUGUCCACAUAAAGCCACAAGUUUUUAUGUUUAUAUAUAUAUUACUUGUUGUACAGUGUAUGUAAAGGUUGUUAUAAUUACAGGACAAUUCACUCUA